AAAAUGAAUCCAUGUUUUGGAUCCUAGAUCCAUGUUUUGGAUACUGAGGCAUUCAGCCUCAGCCUUCCGUGGCCACAGCUAGACAGUCUGUGCUUCUUGUACUAAUGGAAUGAUGGCUUGUGCCCCUUACGAGGGCUCUUAGGCCUUUGGAAUUGCUCAUUCAUUUGGAAGAGGAAUGCAAAGGAAGGAACCCAGGAAGGAAGAGCAGAGCUGGGGCUCUGGGGAAACGCCCAGUGUCUUUGGCUGCCUCCACUGGGACAAGACCAGCCCGGGGGACGACCAGCUCCUGCCUCUCAGCUACUCACUGACUGUUUCUUGCCUCCCAAGCUGCAGAGGCUUCUCAUUCCCAGCCCCACCCCAUCACCCAGGCCUUUCCUUGCCUGAUCUUUACCCCCCUCCAUUUGACAUUUCUGACUUCUCUACCUCCUCUUGUGCUCAGGUGACUCUGCCCACUUUUUCCUCUUGCUCCCAACUCUCCCAGCCUGCAUAUCCAGAUUGCCUUGGUGAACUGAGAGCUGGAAUAUUGUUGAUUUAUUUAUUCAUUCAUCCAUUCAUUCGGCAGACAUACUGAGCAGACUUACUUUAUGCCAGACCCUGAGCUGACCACCGUUGGGAGGCAAAGAUGCAUGAGGUGGUCUCAAAAGAGGCACUUUCCAUUAGGUUUCUUGCGUUUUGAGCAACAGAAAUGGACUUGGACCUUCAUGGGAAGGGUGUUGGGGGUAGUUCACAGAACCAAAGGAAUAGCUGAACAGUUGGUCUUUAGAAGGGCAGGAGCCAGGGUAGCUCCAGAGCUUGCCUCCCAGGAGCUGCUGCCGUUGGCUCCAGUGGGUCUCCCUCCACUCAAGGUUCAAAUUCCUGUCCUGGAGCUCAGGGCAUCGUGGACUGGGAGAGAGGUCGUUUUCCAAAGGAUGGGGAUUCUUACCAGAAGAAUGGUGGAGGGUGGAAUGGUAGAAAGGGCUUGGCAGGCAACCACAGAAGAUACCCUGACACAUACACACACACACACGUUUCUUCCCAUCUGAUGCACUACAACUCUCUCACAACCAAAAGCAAAUCGCUUUCUGCAUGAGGAGACCAUUCAAGGUCAUAGUCAAUGACUAAGUCCAGGGAUAAUGACCAAGGCUACCAUUCUCCAAAGUCCAGUGUCACUAAUGAUACUCUUCCCUCUUUUAUCACAAUCUCCUUUUGAAAUUCUGCAACCUGUGGAAAUUAUAUAACCCAACAAAAAGGGAAGUAUGAGUAAAGGCUACGGUCCAUUUCUAUAACUGGUUAUGAGAACUAGUAUUUAUGACUAGGGAUUUUUUUGCCCUUUGGAGUGACCCAAAUCUUCAGUUCCAAAGUCCAGUUCCUAAGCAGUCCUGCCUGUGUGGCAGACAUUAGCCACUGGACAUGGCAGUACCAGGAAGCACUUUAGGAAACCCCCACGUCCAUCUGUACCCUGCCCCCUUUUAAGUAGCCGCAAUCAUAUUUUCCCUUGAUAGAGUUAAUCAUCCUAGCUACUCCUACGUGUCACUAUAUUUACUUGUAUCCUAGAUAUACUCCUAUCCUAGCUAUGUGUGGCUCAGAGAUACAAGCAACCUGAGAUGGCCAGGUGCCUAGGCUUCUAAUUCACUUGAAUCAUUACUAUGAAUUUUUGAAGAUAUGUUUUCUUGGGAACUAAAACCUCUACACCAGUCUGGUCCUAAACCUCAGAUAUGAGAAACGCAUUGAGAUGUAGUGAUAACAUGCCCCUCUUCACCCUGCUUCCUAGCCUGUAGGAGAAAUAGCACCAUGAAUUGGUCGCCGGUUUGGAGCUUAUGCUACAUCUUGCAGGCCUUACCCAACCUUGCAAGGUAUUGUUUUCAGCUGGUGCCGUAGCUGAGUUUUCAACAAACCAUUUCACCAUAUUAUCAAGCUAGCUGCUUCUAGACUGUGGGGAUCCUGACAAGAUGAGCAAAGGCCAUAGGCAUCAACCCAUUACUUUGCUAUAAAGUGUAUUCCCUGGUUGAAUGCAAUAUGUGGGGAUACCAAAAUGCUGUUUACAACAGUUGAUAAUUCCAUGGAUUUUGAUGGGAGAGGCAUGAUGGGUAAGGAAAGCAAAUCCAAAUCCAGAAGAAGGGCCCAUAAUGGUCAAGGUAAGUUCCUGCCCUGUUAAAGCCACAGCAUAAGUGUAGAUUGAGGCGAGCUCAGCCGUAGGACAGGAGGAGGCGUUAUGGGAGAGUGAGUGACGCCCACACACAGCUUGCCUGUGCCUCCAGAACCCUAUCCUGGAGCAUUCACCUAAUGCUGGUGGCCAUGCCUGAUUUUGGCUGGGUGGAUCCGACAACCCCUGUUCAUAAGGGUCAACAUGGCCACCUGGUAGGCUGUAGCCAAGCAGUUAGACUCCCCAGAGCCCAGUGGCAAGUCAGAGGGCUGUGUGUCAAAAGGAUAAUAGUUACUUGUUGGCCAGCGUAUCACUUGAUUCUAAACUGUGGGUUCUCCUGCCAUAUUUUUAAAAUCAAGACUUGUCACAAUCUCCAUGUGGCUCCCCAAUAUGCCACAGACAGAUCCCUCAAGCACCACUGGCUCUGCCAGGUCAUGUGGCCUGGUGGCAGAAUCAUUUGUGCUAAAGGCUUUUCCUGCUGGAGAGCCUUCACUUGCUCUGCGCCCUGCCCAAAGCUGGCAGUCUUCUGGGUCAGUCAGUAAAUGGGUUGGAGCAAGGUGGCCCAAACUGACAAUUUUGCCUGGAAUUGGGCCUUAGAGGUAAGGAAUUCAAAAUGUAGGAAUUUGUCCUACAUUAAUGGAGGAUCUAUUCUGACCUCAAUAGACCCCUUGAUCCCCAGGAACUUUAUCAAAGGAACAGACAUUUGCAUUUUCACAUGCUUUAUCUCCCACCUCUUGACUCACAUAUAUAUUUCUUACCAAAGCAUCUAGGGAAACUGUUGAUCUCCAGACCCUAUCAGCAUGAUGCCAUCAGCAUGCUGGAACAUUGCAUUGCUGAGGUCAAGGUCCCUGUGAGGCAGUCUGUGGCACAGAGCUGGACAGCUAAGAUAAUAUAUAUCAUUCAGCAGGACAGCAGUGGAGUACUGCUGCCCUGCCAGCUGAAGACGAAUUGCUUCUGAUGUUCUUUGCUCAUCAAAAUCGAGGAAAAAAAUGAAUUCACUAGAUCAAAGGGUUCAUACCAAAUGCCAGGAGCUGGAUGAAUUUGCUUUAGCAAGAAGACCAUUUCUGGAACAGCACCUGCAAUUGGAGUCAUCAUGUUUUAAAGUUUACAACAAUCCAAAGACCUCCUGGUGUUUUGCACUGGCCAGGCUGAGCUGUGAGUCUGGCAAGGAGAAAGGACUCUCUACCACUCAGACCAAGAAUUCCCCUGAAACAGGAGUGACCCCAGAGAACUGAAGCCAGAAACAGGGGAGCAACACAGGGUCUCAUGGCCUGGAGGAGGAGAGCAGUGUGUCAAGACAGCCCUGAGAUGGGACCUGUGACAGCGAUGACACCUGCCAGCCUGAUGGUGCCAGCCUCUCUGCCAAACACCUCACCUGCAUUCGCUCAUUGAAUCCCCAUCAAUAUUUAUUUAUGAGGAAUUUCCACUGAGAUGAGAAGACAGGCCAAAGCGAAAGCAGGUUGGAUCCAGCCCGUCCCCAUGGAAACGCGCGCUUCUGUCUGUCCCUGAGAGGGACUUGUUGACCACAAAUAUCUGCAAGGUCUGGCGCAUGGAGGACGACACACCGAGACUAAGAGAGUCCAGCUCUCUCACAUCAGCGGCCGGUGGUUUGGAGAACAUGGGGGCUGAGCUGUUGGAAAGCCUGGAGGAAGGCCGGGACCCUAACAGUGACUCAAGCCCUGCAGGAGUCAGGGACAGCGGGAGCAAGGCUGGCCCGGAGCCCUCCUCAGGAUGGAGGAGGCUGCAGCCAGCCCUGAGGGUGAGACGCUUCUGCAGAGGGCACGCACAGCUGUUUCGAUGGAUCUGCACAGGCCUGCUAUGUACUGCAUUUGCUGCCUUCCUGCUGAUUGCCUGCCUCCUGGAUUUCCAGAGGGCCCUGGCAUUGUUUGUCCUCACCUGUGUGGACCUUGUCUUCCUGGCCCACAGCCUGCUGAAGAGGCUGCUGGGGCCAAAGCUGCUGAGGUGUGUCAAGCCUCUGGGGCAUCCCCGCCUGAACCUCUGGUUUAAGAGGGAGCCCUUUCUAGCCCUUGCUGCUUUCCUGGGCCUGAUCCUAUGGCUGGUUCUGGACACCUCUCAGCGGCCUGAGCAGCUGGUGUCCUUUGGAGGAAUCUGCAUGUUCAUCAGCCUCCUCUUUGCCUUCUCAAAGCAUCACCGCACAGUAUCCUGGCGGGCUGUGUCCUGGGGUCUUGGACUACAGUUUGCACUUGGACUCUUCGUCAUCAAAACAGAACCAGGAUUUAUUGCAUUUCAGUGGCUGGGCGACCGGAUCCAGAUCUUCCUGAGCUACAGGUCCAGCUUCUUGUCUGGGGAGGCUCUGGUCAAGGAUGUCUUUGCAUUUCAGGUUUUGCCCAUCAUUGUUUUCUUCAGCUGCGCCAUGUCAGUCCUCUACUAUGUGAGCCUCAUGCAGUGGGUGAUCCUGAAGAUCUCCUGGCUGAUGCAGGCCACCAUGGGCCCCAUGGCCACUGAGACCCUGAGUGUGGCUUGAAACAUCUUUGUGAGCCAGACUGAGGCUCCUCUACUGAUCCGGCCCUACUUGGCAGACAUGACACUCUCUGAAAUUCACGCUGUCAUGACCAGAGGCUAUGCCACCAUUGCCGGCAGCCUGCUGGACGCCUACAUCUCCUUUGGGAUCAAUGCUGCCUCCUUAAUUGCUGCCUCUGUGAUGGCUGCCCCUUGUGCCUUAGCCCUCUACCCGGAGGUGGAGGAGUCCAAGUUCAGGGGUGAGGAAGGAGUGAAACUGACAUACAGAGAUGCUCAAAACCUCUUAGAAGCAGCUAGCAGUGGGGCCGCCAUGUCCGUGAGGGUCGUGACCAACAUCGCAGCCAACCUGAUUGCUUUCCUGGCUGUGCUGGCCUUCAUCAACGCUGCCCUCUCCUGGCUGGGCGACAUGAUGGACGUCCAGGGGCUCAGCUUCCAGGUACAGCUCAUCUGCUCCUACAUCCUGCGGUCAGUGGCCUUCUUGAUGGGCGUGGCCUGGGAGGGCUGCCCGGUGGUGGCUGAGCUGCUGGGAAUGAAGCUGUUUCUGAACAACGGGCGCCGAGGAGUGGGCCGGUUCCAGGAAGCAGUAGAUCUCUGUCAGAGCAGAAAUACGACGUUUGCCCUCUGUGGAUUUGCCAACUUCAGCUCCAUUGGGAUCAUGCUGGGAGGCCUGACCUCCAUGGCCCCCCAGCAGAAGAGCAACUUCUCCCAGAUCAUGCUCCGGGUGCUCUGCACGGGGGCCUGUGUGUCUCUGGUGAAUGCCUGCAUGGCAGGGAUCCUCUACAUGCGGGGGGCUGAGGUCGACUGUGUGUCCCUCCUGAACACGACCCUCAGCAGCAGCAGUUUUGAGGUGUACCAGUGCUGCCUCCAGGCCUUCCAGAGGGAAACUGUUGCAAAAAUCCUGGGCUCCGGGCUGCAAUCUCCCUUCCUCCACCAGGUGGAGUGGAUGCAUCUGCUGCUCCCUCCCGGCCGGUGCCCAAGGCACGGUGAGAGAACAGGUUGGUGCUGCCAGCCUGUGAUGACCCCACCCCAGCCUGGAUCCCUGGCUCCAAGGCUGCAGAGAGCAGAGCCCCAGGAGGGCCUGGGUGAAGCCGCUGCUGGGAGCCACCUCCUUCUUUUGAAGAAGUCAGCGCCUCUAAAGGAGAGCAGGACCUGAAAACAAAAUUCUCCUGGCAGGAUCUACCAUCCCACUACAGGAGGGUUCAAUCUCCCCAUAAUGGGAGCCCCUUCAAAUUGCUCAGUUUCCCCUCCCAUCAAUCGGUUUCAUAAAGGGGCAUCAUCCCCAGACGUCCUGAUUCAAGGCUGGGAUCCAUGGAGAAUUCCCGAUUUACUCCCUCCUUCCCUCACUUCCUUUUUUCAUUCCAUCCAAACCAGAGUACUCCAUAUACAUGAUUUAAAAUGCCAAACAGUACCAUAAGGUUUAUAACAACAACAACAGAAAAAAAUUCCAACAAUUCCCUACCCCACUUUCCCCAUCCCUGAAUCCCUCCUUCAGACUCUCAGUUGCUUCUUCUGGUAUUUACAUACAUAUUUCUAAAUAAUGUACUCAUAUUGCUUUUUUUUUUUUUUGAAGUAUUGAUUUUAGAUGCUGUAUUUUUACUCCCUGUUAUGG